UCCCCCUCUCUCUCUCUCUCUCUCUCUCUCAGUUGUAUACUGUACAGCUGGCAAUUUACAGCCCAGAGGAGUGAAAGUCGUAAUUGCCUAUAAACUGUCCUCUAAACCGAAUGCUUCUAUGGCAUAAAUCAAGACGAAACACUUUUUUUUUUUUAAUAUUUGGAUAUAUUUUGUCGACUUUUGAAAACGUUAGAGGGAAUAUAAUUUAGUAGAUUAGAGUCCACCCCUGGAACUCUCUAAAACCGUUAUAAACUUUAAAGGCUGGACACUUUGUAACAGGUUUGAGAGAUGAAAACCUCAAGAUGGUGGCAGCGAUUUUCCAUCAUCAGCUUCCUGUUAGAGGUGUGGCUUCCUGCCUGGAUCAUGGCCCAGACAACGCCCCCUACCCAGGGCACCACCUCCCCCAAACCACAGAACGAGCGGCUGCAGUUCCGUCUGGUUGGGUACCCCCGAAAGCACAACGAGGGGCGCAUCGAGGUCUUCUACAAGGGAGAGUGGGGGACCAUCUGUGACGACGACUUCUCUCUGUCCAACGCCAACGUCCUCUGUCGUCAGCUGGGAUUCGUCUCCGCUACGGGUUGGACACACAGCGCCAAGUACGGCAAGGGCCAAGGGAAGAUCUGGCUGGAUAAUGUUCAGUGUAAUGGAGGAGAGAAGAGUAUUGACCUGUGUAAAUCGGGUUGGGGCAACAGUGACUGCACACACGAUGAGGACGCUGGAGUCAUCUGCAAGGAUGAGAGGCUUCCUGGGUUUGUCGACUCCAACGUCAUCGAUGUGCAGGUGGAUGAGGACAGGGUGGAGGAGGUGCGUCUGCGCUCGGGUGCCCACCAAAAGAUGCCCGUCACCGAGGGCGUGGUAGAGAUUAAGUACAAGGACGGCUGGGCCCAGAUCUGUGAUGUGGGGUGGACCCCACAAACACUGGUCAUCUGUGGUAUGUUGGGGUUCCCCCAUGAGAGAAAGGUCAACAAGAACUUCUACAAAGCCCGUCUGGGAAAGAGAGCAGCUGAGAGAGAAGCCAGAGCCAAGGUUAAGGUUUCUGCUGGUGCCAGUGAUGCUAUUGGUAUUCGAGUCCCAGCAGAACUACGCAGGACUCUACAGUCCCAACAGAACUACGCAGGACUCUACAGUCCCAACAGAACUACGCAGGACUCUACAGUCCCAACAGAACUACGCAGGACUCUACAGUCCCAACAGAACUACGCAGGACUCUACAGUCCCAGCAGAACUACGCAGGACUCUACAGUCCCAAUAGAACUACACAGGACUCUACCGUCCCAAUAG